GCAGGUUCGAGCCCCGCACAGUCUGUCGCUGUCGUUGUGUCCUCGGGCAAGACACUUAACCCGCCUUGCCUGCUGGUGGUGGUCGGAGGGACCGGUGGCGCCAGUGUUCGGCAGCCUCACCUCUGUCAGUGCGCCCCAGGGCAACUGUGGCUGCAUUGUAGCUCAUCACGAUCAGAGUGUGAAUGUGUGAAUGAUUGAUUGUGUUGUAAAGCGCCUUGAGGGGUUCCAGGACUCUAGAAGGCGCUAUAUCAAAUACAGGCCAUUUACCAUUUAAUUUGUACUAAAUAUGUUUUUUUUUUACAAAGAAUGUUUAUUUAAAUGUUUGAAUACCUGUUAUGUAAACUCACAAACAGCUGAUCUGAAACAGAAAUUUUCCAGUGUGGUUAUUCCAAAAAUAUUAACUAUUAUUUUGUCUUUUUUAUUAACAGAAGCAUCAGUAAGAAGAACUUGGCACUGUCAGUCAGACUACUGUGUUAAUUUUUAUGAGAACAUAAACGCAGAGGCAGGACUCUGUGUUGAGAUCUCAUGUUCGUUCACUACCAGUUCUGAUUUCAUUCCUGCACAUCUAGUCUGGUACAAAUGUGAGUCAUCUAAAAUAAAAUGUGAAGAUUCUGAUAUAAUACUUCACACCAGCAACGAAAACAAGAUUCAGUCUGGAUUUAGAGGACGAGUCUCCCUGCUGGAGCCCAGAUUGCGUCAUGGGAACUGCAGCAUCAUCAUCAGCGACCUCCAGGAGUCUGAUUCUGGAUCAUAUCAGCUCAGAGUUAAUGGUUACCUCAAUGGGGAGGGAACUGGAUUUACAUACAACACGAGGACAACAGUUCAUGUUAGAGCUCUAAAGCAGAAACCCACUCUGGUGGUUCCUCCACUGACUGAGGGACAGCAGACCACACUGACCUGCACCGCUCCUGGUCUCUGCCCUGGAUCUCCUCCUAACAUCACCUGGAGGUGGAGAGGAGAAGAAGAGGAGGACUUUACCAUCACAAGAGACAUCACUGCUGUCACCCAGAGACACAGCUCCACUCUGACCUUUAACCCCUCAGCUGAACACCACGGCACCAACAUCACCUGUAAGAUCAGCUUCACAGGUGACACAACCACAGAGGAGACCGUGACUCUGAAUGUGACCUAUGUAAAUAAACUUAGAGUAGAUGGGGAGACCAGUGUGAAGGAGGGGGAGACUCUGAAUCGGACCUGCAGCGGUGAAAGUUUCCCUCAGGGCCAGGAAAGUGUUCCCUGGGCCGUCGCUGCUGCAUCACUCAGUGUGAACGUUCUCUGUCUAAUCUGCAUGUUGCUCCUGUGGAACAAGAACAAAAAGGUGAAACCAAACCAAGACGACAGAACUUACGUGUCUCUGCAGAAGGUGGACACGUCACCUGAGUAUGAUGUCAUCGUUCGUCAGUGACACCGAUGAGGCAGAACAGGAUGGUCACUGAGCAGCACGAAGAAAAUUAAAAGAUUUUAAUAGAAAUCAAUCAAAACAAACAAAUGCAAACCAGUUAAGUAUCAGACUUUAACAUAUAAUAGUUAUUACUGAAUGAAUUACUGAAGGUUUUUA